AUAUGAGUUUUGGCCUGGUGUUGUGCAUAGUGAUGAUCUGUUGGAUUGCCUUGAUCGGGGGUCAAAGUUCGUCAUCGCUGAUCGAUUCCGUUUGCCAGGCGAUUCACCGGCAGCAACUCGAGUGUCAAGUGCAUCGCGUAGAGACCGCCGACGGUUAUAGAUUAAGUCUCCACCGGAUUCCCGCUCCCCGAAAUGACCGGUGUCCCCAGCAGUUGCGUCCCUUUGUCCUGAUGCACGGCCUCCUCGGAUCCGCCGCAGAUUUCGUGGCGGGCGGAAGGGGCAGAUCCUUGGCCUUGGAACUGCAUGCUCGUUGCUUUGAUGUCUGGCUGGGAAAUGCCAGGGGCACAACCCAUUCCCGCGGGCAUCGCAGUCUGCCGACAAGUGACGCCCGCUUCUGGCAGUUCAGUUGGCACGAGAUUGGCAUCUACGACCUGCCCGCCAUCGUGGAUUACGUGCUGGCGAGGACGAACCGCCGGCAGGUGCACUACGUCGGCCAUUCGCAGGGGACCACGGUGCUGCUGGUGUUGCUCUCACAACGGCCGGAGUAUAAUGCGCGGUUCGCCAAUGCGGCUCUGAUGGCGCCGGUGGCCUUUCUCAAGCAUCUGAGUAGUCCGCCACUGCGUUUGUUGGCCAGCGACAGUUCCGCGGUCACGCUGCUGCUCAAUAAACUUGGCCUCCACGAACUGCUGCCGGCGACGGCGCUGACCCAGGUGGGCGGGCAGUUCUUCUGCACCGCCUCCCGGCCCACCUACGCCCUCUGCACCCUCUUCACCUCCCUUUAUGUGGGCUUCAGCGACUAUCCAUUGGAUCGUAACAUCUUGCCACGCAUCCUGGAGACGACGCCGGCGGGCAUUUCGCGGGGCCAGCUGCAACAUUUCGGGCAGCUCAUUAAUAGCGGCCAAUUCCAGCAGUAUGACUACCGCUCGCCCAGACUGAAUGCGCUGCGAUAUGGUCAGUCCACGCCCCCCUCAUAUCAGUUGGCCAAUGUUCGCCUGCAGCUGCAGAUCUUUCAUGGCAACCGGGAUGCACUGUCCAGUCAGGCGGAUGUGCAGCGCCUGGUCAGCGAACUGCGGAACAGCAUUACGCAGAUGUAUCAGGUGCCCGGCUAUAAUCACAUUGACUUUCUUUUCGCCCUCUCAGCGCCACAGCUGGUAUACGAACGAAUUAUUCAACAGGCAUGGCAGUUGGACGCGGUAUCGGUGGCGCUUCCAGGCACCUGA